AUAAUAUCGAUACUCACCUACAAGACUCAUUUGCGCCAAUUGGGAUCUUUUGUCUCAUUCGUAAGCUAACUGUUCGCAGAGAAAGACGGUUUGUGUUCAAUUCGAGUCGGUGUUAACACAUCAAAUAUUUAUUAACUAUAAUGGGUGUACCUGCUGGUGAUGUUGAGAAGGGCAAGAAGCUGUUCGUGCAGCGUUGCGCACAGUGCCACACCGUCGAGGCCGGUGGCAAGCACAAGGUUGGCCCCAAUCUGCACGGUCUGAUCGGCCGCAAGACCGGCCAGGCUCCCGGCUUUGCCUACACAGAUGCCAACAAGGCCAAGGGCAUCACCUGGAACGAGGACACGCUCUUCGAAUACCUGGAGAACCCCAAGAAAUACAUCCCCGGCACCAAGAUGAUCUUCGCCGGCCUGAAGAAGCCCAAUGAGCGCGGUGAUCUGAUUGCCUACCUGAAGGCGGCUACCAAGUAAGGAGGAGUUACUAGCAUCUACCCACACCCGAAUCCAGCACCACCUCUUAGCUACACGUAAACUCUGUAUUACGAGCUAUUCUAUCAUCAUGGAAGCGUGGCAGUCGCGCCUCCGAGGCUCAUCUUGACGACGGCUUGUAUUUUGGGUCACAAUAAUAACAAAGCAGAAUACUGAACUUAAAACAAAAAUACAAAUAUGUUAACUUUAAAGUUUAAA